UCUGAAUUGGCUUAUCAAGUAUUCUUCAAUGUGUGUGAGUUUACUGAUAUCUACGCAGCUUCCAAUACACUUUCAUUUGACCCACAUUUCUAUCGGAAUUGCUUUUAGCAUUCAUGAAGUCAAUGAACAUUUUUGUAUUUUCAUUCAACGACUAUGGAACUUGACGAAAUUUUGGAAACUUCGGUAUUUCUAAAAUACUGGAAUGUUGUACUGACAAUUGCACUAAUUGGGAUUUUAAGUAAAUGGCUGUGGAACCGAAAGGGUCAUAAACAAAUCGAAAGGGAAGAUGAAGAUAAUGAAAUUCUUGCCGAUUCCAGUUCCAAAGCUGAAGAAAUAGACUAUGCCCCUGCUCUGGAAGAAAAAGAACAUAUUGCAUAUAAAGGGGUCGCGGAAACUCUAUCUGGUGGUGCUAAACAAUUCUAUAAAAUGAUGAAUGACAGGCGUAGUGUUCGCUCAUACCGCCGUGAGCCAAUUCCACCCAUCGAUGUAAUUGAAAAUUGUAUACGAGCUGCUGGUACCUCACCGAGUGGUGCCCAUACAGAACCCUGGACUUUUUGUGUUAUUACCGAUAUGGAAAUAAAACAAAGUAUUCGAGAUAUUAUCGAAUCGGAAGAGGAAUUAAAUUAUGCUCAACGUAUGCACAAACAAUGGACAACGGAUCUGAGACCGUUAAAAACAAAUCACGUAAAACCAUAUCUAACAGAUGCUCCCUAUUUAAUAUUGGUAUUUAAACAAACGUAUGGAGUUACCAAACAAGGCAAACGUAAACAACAUUAUUACAAUGAAAUAUCCGUAUCCAUAGCGGUGGGUAUUCUACUGUGUGCCUUGCAGGCAGCUGGUUUGAGUUCCUUGGUCACCACACCAUUAAAUUGUGGCCCAGCUUUACGUGCUUUGCUAAAUAGACCGGUUAAUGAGAAAUUAUUGGUUCUCUUGCCAGUCGGUUAUCCUGCGGAAAAUUGUAAAGUUCCUGAUUUGGAACGUAAGCAAUUAGAUGAUAUUAUUGUCAGAUAUUAGGAAAAUAAAUACUUUUUUUUUU